UCCAGCACAAUCCGAAAUGUUGAGUUGUGAAAUGGCCUUUGGUCUUCCCGGCCUGUAACCCAAGCAGCUUUCAGGUCAAACCUGAAGCUCUGAUGGCAGCGGAUGUUCACGCUUGAAGGUCUCGGAACCUUUGACAUUGAGACAAAGACAUCACCAGCUUCAGCUUGUCGCUCACCGAGUGUCAGGGCUCUUUCUGGAGCCACAAUCCAACGUGAUAACUCUAGAAGAGCAUGCCAGGAUUUAAAGUUGAAAAGGCCUCGUCUUCGCUCCAUCUGGGUAAGACCGUCUUCUUCCUCAUCUCAACCCCGUCCAAGAUUCUCAUUCUCACUCGCAACAAAGAAUCGUUCCUCUGAACUCCAAAGCACCUCGUCCAGCAUGUCCCCACAAACAGAGAAUACACUAGGAAGUCUCGACCUCUAUCCCGCGAGCUACUUCAUGCCAAUCCGCCACGGCGGUAAACGCCCGGUCAAAGUCGCAGGCUACACCCUCAGAGCGCUCGCCGAAACCUGCUGCAGCGAAGAGAGAUACAAUGUCGCCCGUGAAUCUCUCAUAAGCAUCAGCCACAUUCUCCAGGAGGAGAUUGAGAUGCUCCGAAUUACCGAGUCGCCUGCUAUAAAGCCAGCUGAGCAGGGCUAUCUCAGCGGCUGGGAAGAUGCCUUGUCCACCGUCAUCGGCGUUCUCAACUAUUGCAUCGUCAAGCCGGUAUCUCAAUCUUGCUCUAACGCUCGCCCCGAGACGCUGCAACAGCUUGAUCGCCCUUUGCAUUCCCUCGGGGUGAAGAAGUUGGCAGAGAUGUAUGCAUGCCGUCCGCUUCUGAGUCUGGAAAGCCUAGGACAGGCUUCCGAUGAUGUCAAAGGCAAAGGCCCGAUGACACCCGAUAAAAUUGACAUCCGUCAGGAAGAAAGUGCCGCUCGCUGGCUGGAGUUCAUCGUCGGCGACGAGUAUCGUCUGCCAAAGAAGAACUCAUCUCUGGGUAUUUCCUCGACCGAAACCAACGGCUCGGCCAUCAGCACCCCCUCAACGACGAGCAGCGGCUCCUCAGCCCAGAACCUCCUUUCCUUCCCAUCCAGCCAGGAUACCGAGAAGUUCGCCCUCACCGAAGAGAACCAGCUAGCUCCCGAUACUUCUGAGCUCAUCCGCGGCAUCGACACCAUCCAGAUCCUUCUCCACUACGAACGACAAUGCCGCAUCUCGGAACGCAGAAUCGCGGCGGAGCUGAUCAAGUCGAGUGUCCUUCGCCAGGCCAUCCUUCAAGACCGCAUCGGCCGCGAACCCAAGUCUGAGGGUGGGGGUGGCAAUGGUAGAGUGAAUGCUGAGGAUGGCAUCAAUGAUCCGAUCUUUGGUCGGACGAUGUAUGAGAAGGCUGUGGGACAGGUGAAGGCUCUUUUCAGGCGUUGGAGUGGUACAGCCUGGCAUGAUGACACAGAGACGGAGGCGAACACGGAGAUCGAUGCCGAUAUUGACCCCAAGGAAGUAAGCACGCAAGCUGUUGGAGGGAAUACUCGCUCGAUUAGGGAGAGUCUCACGGGAGAGUACGGUUAUCUCGAGUCCAGCCUCGCAUGCCUCGACCCGGAUUCGGAUCUCUCGUUUCCAAUGUUGCCGAACCCUUCGUACCAGCUAAAAUAUCAGGGAUCAGAAGCUUGCGUGCCAGAUGUACAAGUCCCCGUUUACCAGGGUUUGUUCACGAGAUCGCCGGACUUGACGCCGACCUCUGGAAGCUCAGAUGAUACAUCUGGCCAUCUCUCAUCCUCCGAAUACUGCCCGCUGCCUUGUCAGUCGGAUCUCAUGGUCAAGGCAACCAGCCCCGAUCUACUCUCAUCCUCCCAAGACUCGCUGCCGAAAGUUGAGCAGGUACCUGCUUCCAGAAAGCGGGAACGCCUCGAGCAUAAAAAGUGACCCUCCCAUGGACGUUUUGGCUGGCGCUACUCAAAGAACCUUGGAGAAGCCGGUCAUGGGGCAUCACUCGCGGCCUCGCGCACUGGUACGAAUGACUCUCAGGGAACGUCAGCAGAGCCAGAUUGUCCUGCAAGUCCCGCAGGCCCUGCACCUCCUUCCGGACCCUGGAUUGUCGUGUGCUAAUGCAAGGGAUGUCAGGAACGGGCUUCUCGCGAU